AGAAGAAGAGGAAGAGAAAACCACAACCUUUAGACCCAAGAAGUUGCCAUCUUCGCUGCCCACCUCUGGUUAGAAAAUCCCAGCCCUAGCUUUCUUGUAGGCGAAAAGCUCCUGCCUUUUUGCUCCAUUUCCAUCCUUCUUCCGGGUUGGCUUGUACCCUUUUCUUUCUUUCUGUUUAUACUUUGAAGGGACUUGGCUUUCUUGCGUGGGGGCGUUGCGGUUCUUGAUUUUCUAUGUCAGUUUCGCCCCUCUUCGCGUUGCUUCCUCCCCCCGUUUCGCCGUACUCGCUUCUGGGCUCGCUCGUCGGGCCAUGGCGGCUAAGAAGCUCCGCGAGUGCUACUCCAAGAGCCUCAUCGACGAGGUGCACCGAUGGGGCUGCCUGAAGCAGACCGGGGUCAGCCUGAAGUACAUGAUGGAGUUCGGGUCCCGGCCCAGCGAGCGCAACUUGCUGAUCUCCGCCCAGUUUCUCCACAAGGAGCUCCCCAUCAGGAUCGCCAGGAGGGCUAUGGAGCUCGAGAACUUGCCUUAUGGGUUGUCUGAGAAGCCUGCCGUCUUGAAGGUUCGGGAUUGGUACUUUGAUUCUUACCGUGACCUCAGGGCCUUCCCUGAUAUCAAGUAUUCGACUGACGAGAAGGAUUUCACGGAAAUGAUAAAGGCAAUAAAGGUUAGACAUAAUAACGUCGUCCCAAUGAUGGCAUUAGGAGUUCAACAGUUGAAGAAAGGCAUGAAACAGAAGAUUGUUUAUGAGGAUCUUGAUGAGAUUCAUCAAUUUCUCGACCGUUUUUACAUGUCAAGAAUUGGCAUUCGAAUGCUUAUUGGUCAGCAUGUGGAGUUGCAUAAUCCCAAUCCUCCUCCUCAUUGUGUGGGAUAUAUCCACACAAGAAUGUCCCCAGUCGAGGUUGCACGUAAUGCUAGUGAGGAUGCUCGUUCUAUUUGUUUGCGUGAGUAUGGCAGUGCUCCGGAUAUUAAUAUUUAUGGGGAUCCCAGCUUUACAUUCCCGUAUGUUCCGACACACUUGCAUCUAAUGGUAUUUGAGUUGGUUAAGAACUCUUUGCGUGCUGUCCAAGAACGAUUCAUGGAUUCAGAUAAAGUUUCACCUUCUAUUCGAAUUAUUGUUGCUGAUGGAAUUGAAGAUGUUACAAUCAAGGUGUCAGAUGAGGGGGGUGGCAUCCCAAGAAGUGGUCUUCCCAAAAUCUUCACGUAUCUGUAUAGUACCGCGAAAAACCCCUUGGAUGAGAACUCAGAUCUUGGAACAGCUGAUAAUGUGACUAUGGCCGGUUAUGGCUAUGGGCUUCCAAUCAGCCGUUUGUAUGCUCGGUACUUCGGUGGUGACCUGCAAAUUAUUUCUAUGGAAGGAUACGGGACUGAUGCGUACCUCCAUUUAUCUCGCCUUGGAGAUUCUCAAGAACCGCUCCCGUGAGAAAAACUAAAGCAUGAACUCCUGGUUCAUGAGGACAGACUUCUGGGAAAUGUCCACAGGGAUUCGUCUUCAAAAGCAAGAAGUAGCUGCAAUUUUCCGUUUACAAAUAACGGGUAGCUUUCCUGUAUAUUCUUACGCUUUUUGACAUGUCAAUGCUGGCAUUAGCCUCGAUUCCAUUUUUCGCUGUUGUAGGCCAUUCUGAUAUUACUCUUCGAAUGUUGAGCAUUAACAUUAACGUGCACCACAAGUGGGAAAAAGUGGAAAUUUCUAUUAGUUGUUAA